UAUAAGAGCAGCUGUCUCCGUCCUCCACGAAGCCAGAGAAACCACGCUGAGACCGAGGCACCGGAACGUAAGGUGAGGAAUCUGAAAGGACCUCCACAGUCUCACACAGCAGACGGUGGGACCAUGAGGACCGUAGUGGCUCUGCUGCUUCUCUGUCUGUGCGAUCCAGGACGGAGUGACUGCCAGACUGACUGCCUGUCCUGCAGCAAAAUCCUGCCUAAACAGCUCAGUUUCAACACUGUGGUGUGUUUGAUUGGAUGCAAAAGCAGCGCCUCUCCUUCCUCCCCCUGGGACAUCUGCCGUAAAGCGCUACCUUCUUCUUCCUCCGAUGGCACCGUCAGAAGAAGAUCCCAAGAGGAAGCUGACAUCCUACUUCCUGAGGGAGAGGAGCCAAUGGAUGGGGGUCUAUUCCUGCCCAUGGCUUUGCAGAGAUUCAACCACAUGACCCGCUCACUCGACCUGAACGACAGGGGCCUGGUCAGCCAGAGCAGCCAGCUGAGCUCCCUCUACGGCUCCCAGGACGCCCUGUCACUCGCCGAUGAGUACGAGGAGGAUGAGGAGGAGGCAGGGCAGGAAAGGGAGGACGCCGGCAAGGCAGCGAUAGGGCAGGACGACCCGGAACCGAGCGUCUCCAAGAGGUUCGGAGGCUUCGUCAAAGGGAGGCACGGUUACAGGAAGUUGGUCUCUCCGGGAAGGUCGUACCAGAAGAGGUACGGGGGCUUCAUCGGGAUUCGGAAGUCGGCCCGCAAGUGGAACAACCAGAAACGCUUCAGCGAGUUCCUGAAGCAGUACCUGGGCAUGAGCACCCGGUCCUCCGAGUUCAACAGCGUCUCAGGAGAGCUCACCCAGCAGAACGAGGUGUGAGGGAGCGCGCCUCCAUUAGGCCCUGCCAUGACAGACAUACCAGAUGUGUUUUCAGUUGUCUUCUAUUAGAGCAGAGAACAUUUCACAGUUAAUCUGGCAACAUUACAGUCACACAAUUUGAUUAAGUACAUGAAAAAACCCCAAAAAACAUCACAGUUUCUGGUUGUUUGAAUAGCCUUCUUUCCCCCCCAAUCUUUUCUAUUUAUAGCUUCUUCUUUUUUUUAAAAUCCUGGGUAAAGGAUUUGAAAAAUGCUUCUUUUCUGAAACGGGAAUCCUUCUUACAAUGGGAAACCUAAAUUACAUUAGAAGUUACUUUCCAUGUCUUAAAAAAAGCAUAAAGAUGGAUUCGAAAAGUGGAAUUGUAUUUAAACAUUUUCCAAAUUUGUAUAAGUAUGAACAUAAAAGAAAACCAAUAGGAAAGUAUUUCAUUUUCCCCCCAUUUGUUCCAUUGUAUCCAUUUAAUACUUUUAAGGAAGGACAGGAAAAUCUAAGUUUGGGAAAGUGACAUGGAAAUUUGUUGGAACCCUAAAGAGCUUCUGCCCUCUUGAGAUUCGCAAAGAAACUAAAUCUAAAAUCCUUGCUCUUUGUUUACAUCUCGUCUGCUUCGGGCCUUAUUAUUACCGAUAAAAAUUUGAGCACUUUCUUUUUUCGUAUGUCGCCAUCUAGUGGACAAAUACUUAUAGCAGUCCAAAAUGAAAUGUAAAGUCUCUGUUUUUGUUCUUUCCUCUGUUUUUCAUGUUCUAGUCUCUUGGUGAUAAAAACUCCAGCAUCUGUAUGGGAUUUCUGUUGAAUAAAUGAAAAUGUAUAAAAAUCCACAUUUACAUUUUGUUGGUCAAUAUCUCCGGCAUCAUACUCCCGAUACAGAUAUAUUAAAGUUAUGUAACUUGAACAACUCCAGACAGCUUGCAGCAUUCAUUUUUCAGACUUUAUGACGGUAAUCAGUCUUGAUUAUGUUGUGCACAGUUGAGCAUACGCUUCGAUGGCCUGUUGUGUUUGAAUACUUGUGUCAAAAUUGUCUCUGAACUGUUACAGAUGUAAAAUGUUUUGUCUUGUAAAUAACUGAAUUGAAACAUGCCAAUAAAUAUAGUUUACUAUUUCCUUCGUGGCUUGUCAUGCAGGAACUCA